AUGGUCAGCACCAAGUCUAGUGAAUACAUUUCCGACCGAACUUCCUUAAGUAGCCAAUUCAGAUUUCAUCACUUUCAUCCAACCGAGCAAUUACUCAUGUAUAAGGAUCCGUUCGCUAGAGGGUUGGCCUACUAUCCUCCACUUCAGGGUGCCGAGAACUUCAGCCCAGAGAUGAUUGGAUUUCAUCACCUAUCCCCACAUGAGAUGCGGAUACUUGAUUACGUGCUAUACAAACUGAAGCGAAGAACUGCCUCGAUUUCACCCGAACAUCUCGACGAUCAAGGGCUUUAA